ACGUUGAUCGCUCUAUUAAUACGUGACCGCGCUUAAUUUUCUCGUUGCAUCGCGUUAUUAAGUCGUAACUGCGUGUGUUAACAAGUUGUGGCCAAGUAUUAUUUUUUUUUUAUUAAGCAGGGUUAUCGCAACCGGGGCUCCGUAGGAAUAUAGGGAGGAGUUAGGAAUGUUUUCUUCUUGCUCCAGCACAGUUGGUGGCGGUAUUGCACCAUCUCGGUGGAUUUUCAGCCACUGUUAAGUGACGGAAGAAGCAGUAGGACCCUUGCGUUUGUGUUUUGUUUUCCAGCCGAUAUGAUUUACUGACGGACUGUCACCGGCGGGCAGGUGUUUUAGCAAGGGAGGGGGGAAAAACAGCCAGGAAAAAACAAACAAACAAAUAAAAAAACUAUGAAGUUUUCAUCCAGGUUUUAGGAAUUUAACACAAUCAAUCUUUUUCAGUCUUGUGUACGCCUAGUUGUUGGAGUUGUUUUUGUAAUAAUGGAGAGGAGUAAUGAGAGCUUUUGCAGUGAGGGAUGUAGUGACCCAUCCAACCUUGUCUCAGAAGAUGGAAAAAAUAUGAAAUCAGUGGUGUGCCAGCGUUGUGGAUCCAAAGUGCUCUGCCCGGGUAUGGCUGUAUUUGCAGAAAAGCAGCUAUUUCUACCUUCAAUGCAAAAGAACAACAACGUUAACCAGACUGAUGGAACUUUAGACGGAGAUACGUUAACAGCUCAUUGGCUGGUGGAUGAUAUGUACACCUUUGAGAAUGUUGGCUUCACCAAAGAUGUAGGCAAAAUAAAAUAUCUCAUCUGUGCUGAUUGUGAGAUUGGACCCAUUGGAUGGCACAACCUUGAUGACAAGAAAUGUUUCUAUGUAGCACUGGAUCGAGUUAAACAUGUGUAGAGUGUUUCAGCCUGUUUCGUACAAGAUCAUGCUACACGAUUUUCUUUCACUUGUUACACUUAGGGUUUUUUUUUGCAUCGUUUUAAACAUACUUAUUUCAUCAGUAAACGGGGAGUAGUGUUUGAUACUGUAAAAUGUUUUGUUUUGCAUUUUAGAUGCAUUUAGUUUUUAUUCUUCAUAUUCUGUUCACUUUUAUUUGAAAUAUUCUUGAUUAAUACCCUGUUUUUCAUUCAUUAAGGACUCGUUUUCCUAAUAUGUACACGAAUACAGUAAAGUACUAACACAGUCUUGUUAUUAAAGGCAGGGGAACACAGCGUUUCAAACGAAAGUGGUGUUUUUGCAUUUUCCAGUGGGAAAAUAUGUGUUGAUUGUGUUGUAGGUACACCGAUUUUUCUUACAAGACCAUGCAAUAGGACCAGGGUAAAACAAAAAAAAAGGCGUUAUUUAUGGAUUAUAUCUUCUUGAACGUUUUCUGAUUGGAACAUUUUCUGAAAGGGGCAGAGAGAUACAGCCUUUUAUCCAGUUUAUUGCCACUAAGUGAUAUUAGACGUAAUGUACCUUACGAAAACUGUAUUUUUAAAGCACGUAAAACCCGUAAUUGAGCGUGCACCAAAGUCCUAUUUAAUGAGAGUUUUGUUCAGUUUUUCCUCUGGUAGGCUGGGUCAGUGUGCAGGACGGGUCAGUAAUGUGUGCAGUUGGGCGGAACCGCUUCCGCGUUGACGUGCGCUACGUGCAAACAGAUGCGGGGGGAAUGGAAAGAAGCAGUGAUGGCCGUUUCAUCGCUAAAAAGGCAUUUAAGCAAAGUACUUCUAGUUUAGAGCCGAAUUGAUGCGAUUCCUCGGUAAGCUUUCAUACUUAUUAUAUCCCUCGAUCAUUUUCUUUUUCGAGUAGUUCAGAAUCGCAUGUGAGUGACAUUUGCAAAUCCUAGCUUGAUUAAGUCCAGGCCUACAUUCACGAGAUAAAAUCUCAUCCAUCUUCUUCUUCUUUUUAAAUCAUAUUGUCCUUUAAAACGAUCGGCCAUCGCGGUGUGCAUUUGUAAAUUGUGGGUAAUAUGUUCACUAGAUGAAAUGAAUUGGAUCGCUUCCGCGGAUGACGUUAAACAACAGCAUCUAAAGGUAACUUCAGAGAGUCCAUUUAAAGAAGUAGUUCCGGUCGGCGUGCGUUUCUCAGCUGUUGUACAUUCAUAUGCGCAGCUUGCCUUGUUUUACUCCUGUAGUGUAGUCUACUCCACUGGGUGUUUACUAACGCCGUUCACUUACACAUUUUACUUUUAAAAGUAUCAAAGACUAAACAAUAUAGUUGGACAUCAAAGCAAAGACGUUUUCAAACAUUGGGGUAAUGCAUAUAAUUUAACAGGAAAAACUUUGACGCCAAUGUAAAAGCUUAUAACGAUUUAUCAAAUGGAUGAAUUACACGCUUAUGUAUUUUGUGUAUUUAAAGUGUUAAUUUGUUGCUAUUUGUAUUAUUUUCAGAACUAUGUUUGCAUAAUGACUUUUUCAAGCUACAUCAGUCAUGUGAUAUUGACAUUUUGACUGUUCUACUGAAACUGUACCAUGUGAAGACUGAUGUUUAUCGGUGGGUUUUGUGUGGACAUAACUGGUAUUAAACUGUUCAUAUGAUCAUAUA